AUGAAGCCACCUUCAACAGUAAAGGAAAUACAAAGUCUGACGGGCAGAGCAGCGGCCCUUAACCGAUUCCUCUCGAGAUCCACUGACAAGUGCAGACCAUUCUUCAGGGCUUUAAAGAAGGGCCAAAGAGAUAAAUGGGAUGAGGAGUGCGAAGAAGCUUUCCAGAAUUUAAAGACUUACCUCACUUCACCUCCCCUGCUCUCGAAGCCAGUUCCUGGUGAAGACUUGUUCGUGUACCUGGCGGUGUCCAACUCAGCCGUCAGCUCAGCUCUCAUCCGAGAAGAACUGGGGGCCCAACAUCCGGUAUUCUACACGUCAAAAGCCCUUCUCGAUGCUGAGACUCGCUACUUUGGCCCUUGUAGUUUCCGCGAGAAAGCUACGACCCUACUACCAAGCUCAUCGAGUCAUCGUCAUGACCGACUUUUCUUUGAGGUCAAUGCUGCACAGCCCUGA